GGCUGAGCCACGUGGGGCGAGCCGGAGCCUAUGGCGCAGCGGCCGGCUGGCCUGUCCCCGCUGGCCACAGGUUCCCUGAGAACAGUGCGGAGCUGUCAAAGGGAGCAGGGGCUCCGGGGAGUGGGAGCGCAGCUCAGCGCCAAGUCCCUGACUGCAGCUCGCUGCUCCUGGCUCCUGGUCCCCGACUGGGGUUGCGACCAUGAAUGGCGAGGAGCAGUAUUACGCAGCCACGCAGCUUUACAAGGACCCGUGUGCGUUCCAGAGGGGCUCGGUGCCAGACUUCAAUGCCAGCCCCCCCGCGUGUUUGUAUAUGGGCCGCCAACCGCCGCCACCGCCGCCCCCGUUCCCUGGCACCCUGGCAGCGCUGGAGCAGGGGAGUCCCACGGACAUCUCCCCGUAUGAGGUGCCCACCCUCCCCGACGAACCUGCCGGGGCGCACCUACACCACCACCUCCCUGCUCCGCUGGGGCUCUCCCACCCGCCUGCCGGGCCCUUCACGGAUGGAACGGAACUAGGGGGCCUGGAAGAGCCCACCCGCAUUCAACUACCAUUCCCAUGGAUGAAGUCCACCAAAGCGCACGCGUGGAAAGGCCAGUGGGCAGGCAGCGCCUACGCGGCCGAGCCCGAGGAGAGCAAGCGCACGCGCACCGCCUACACGCGCGCGCAGCUGCUGGAGCUGGAGAAGGAGUUCCUGUUCAACAAGUACAUCUCGCGGCCGCGCCGCGUGGAGCUGGCGGUGAUGCUGAACCUGACCGAGAGGCACAUCAAGAUCUGGUUCCAGAAUCGCCGCAUGAAGUGGAAGAAGGAGGAGGACAAAAAGCGCGGAGGUGGCAGCGGUGGCCUCGCGACGACCGCGGGUGGCGGAGGCGCGGAGCCCGAGCAGGACUGCGCUGUGACCUCGGGGGAAGAGCUGCUGGCGCUGCCCCCGCCGCCGCCCCCCGGGGGUGCAGUGCCUCCCGCCGUGCCAGCUGCAGCCCGGGAGGGCCGCCUGCCUCCCGGCCUCAGCGCGUCGCCUCAGCCCUCCAGCGUUGCACCCCGGCGCCCGCAGGAACCUCGGUGAGAGGUGGGGGCCCGCUCCCUGCCGGGCGGGGCGACUUGAGCCACUCGCAGAGCGGGGAGCAGGCCUGGGACCCUGGAUUUGAACAUGGGACCUGGCAGUUGGGUGGGUUGGGAUCUGUGGACCCCGCCCCAAAUGGCAGGGGAGAACCCGUUCUUCGGAGCACAGGUGCCAACUGGGGCGCGUUGGAAGAGAUGCUGGCAGACCUCCCAGAAGAAGAGGCGUUGAUUUCUGGCAUCUGGGGUUCUCUUCCUGGGGUGCAGCCUGAGCCCCUCCGGGCCUCCAGCCCUCCAUAAGGAGACUCAUUUACCCAACGCGGGAAGUGUAUGAAUUGCAGCACCCCAGCACCCCUUAUGACAGCCCGCCGGCCGGAGUGCUUCAGCCCAGAAGCUGAACACUUAUUUACCCUUAUCAAUAAUUAAAAGAAAGCAUUUAUGGCUUCAAAGA